AUGAAUUUAUUUAUACCCCUCUAUCCAUUAUUUAUCUGCCUAUAUAUCUAUAUCUAUCUAUCUAUCUAUCUAUCUAUCUAUCUAUCUAUCUAUCUAUCUAUCUGUCAAAAACUGCGACUACUCUAUCGACUUCCUCGAAACGAUCUCUCCCCUCUCUCUCUCUCUCUUUUUCUCUCUCCUUACCCACCCACUUUCUGUGGGUUUCGUACCCUCCAUAGCCCUCUCAAAUUAUCACACAACAUAAUCAUCUCUUUCUUUCUCUCUUUCUCUCUUUCUCUCUAUCUCACUGACCUAUUUUCUCUUUCUCUUCUGUAUCAUUUUCCCCACGCUCUCCCCAUUCUCUAUCUCUCUCUUAGCUUUCUUUCUCCCUCAUUCUUUCUUUUGCCUCCACACUUUCUCUCUUUGUCACCGCACACUCCUGUACCCUUUUCUCAUGAUCUACAUCAUACGUUCUUUAUUUUUCUUUCUCUCUUUCUCACUUUCACUUUCACUUUCACUUUCAUUUUUUCUCCCUCUAGCUCCUCAGUACUUUUUCCUCUCUGUCCUCCCAUACAUCUGUCUCAUUUUAUCCUCUAUAACCAUUACAGUCUCCCUCACGCUCUCACUGGCAUACUUUCCUUCUCACUCUAUCUCACACUAAUGUAUCAUUUUCAUACCCCCUUUCGAUGUUCUUUAUCACUUCAUCUCUUUCUUUUCAUAGCUUCCUUUUUUUUCUCUAUCAUUCCCUCUCUCUCCUUUGCGUUUGUAUUGCUCUCCCCUCUUUUGUAUCAUUUUCUCACGCUCUCCCCCAUACUCCUUAUCAAUCUCUAUCUAUCUAUCUAUCUAUCUAUCUCUCACACACAUACUCUCUCUGACAAUCCUUCUUUCUCUCUCUUCAUAUUCUCUUCCUCAUUUUUAUUUCUCUUUCGUCGUCUGUAUAUUCUUGAUCUCUUUUUCCGACUUUCUGUCAUCCAUGAAUUCUUCUUCUUCUUCUUCUUCUUCUUCUUCUUCUCUCCCACUCCCUCUUUCUUAUUCGCUGGUACAUCUUUAUCUUUCUCGCUCUCCUCCGCACACUCUCUCUGUUCUCCUUACCCUGUUCCUCUCUCCAUUCCCACCACUAAAAUACAUUUUUAUCUUUAA